UGUUGUAAGUUUAUUGGUUGAUUGAUUCACACUCUGUGAAACCUGAGCGCCCAGGCUACAACUCUUGAACUCUCUACAGGACGAAAUAAAAUGUUCUCAGCCUUGGGGAUUAUUUUAGUGGGGUCAAUUUGACUUGAAGCCAGCCAGUAGUUACCACUGUCUCGAUUCAGCUGGUUCCCUCCAAAGUACCGAGUGUUCGAUGAGAUUUCGAUCCCGAUGUCACCUCAGAUCGCAUCCACGAUAUUUCAAACGGAGCGCAAAUCUCAACGCCUCGCCGAGCAACCGGUAUUAGCAAAUGGUACCUAGGUUCCACACCGAUGGAUUUUGAUUUGAUCCGAAACCUUGAAGUUGUCUAGGCAACUUUCCUGCUCGCUGAGGUAAAAUCUCAAAUCUUAGGGCUCAGGUACCGAAGUACUCCACACUGCAGCAUCUUCGGUGAUUACCUCCCCCAUCUUUCGCAGUUGGAGACCCAUAGUCAGAACAGGAUUUCAAGCUUCAAUUGUGGAAAAUUUCCUCGCGAAAGGAAAUCUCGGAAGGGCAAAUCCUGGCAUGACGUCGUUGCGCUUGUUCAUCCUCCAGUCGGCUCUGCUAUUGCCAGCUGAAGAAACUGCACUAUCCCUCCCUCUGCAUCUUCGUGGAUGUUGCCUUUCCAGGAUUCAACGGCACCGAAUUAGCAAUUCAUACAGAGAACAUGUAUGUAUGCCUGCGUACCUGCUUCAGGCUUCCAGGCUGUCAGUUAUUGUCAUCUCAUCUCUGAUGAAAGCCAUCAUCAAAUCAUACCAAUCCAUCCAUGCCAGAAGCCUUACCAGAACAAUCCCAAGCCCCGAUGCUCGGCACAGACUGGCACUUAACCGGAGAAUUAUGUUACAGGGCACACAUGACGCACGCACGCACGAUCACCAGGCUUUCGGCUUCAGGUUUCCCUGAAGGAUCGGAGAAUCGGUGCCGUUUGCAGCGUGCCAGCGAGCCAAUUAUCACGUAGAUGGUAUCAUAACAAACUGGGGUGCGCUGCUCAAAUAUCCAUAUGGAUGGCACUGUAGCUUGCCAUGUACUCCGUAAGUAAGCAAGCACACAUCACCACACAGACGGCGAGCUUUGGAGUCGUCUGAUCUCUAAGGUGAGCAGAAGCGUUUGGUAAAAAUUUGUUUUUCGCUAUUUCUGCACUGCACUGCAAUGUACCCCAGAUAUCAAGGAUGAAACAGCCUGUUCGUCUGAAAAUCCCUCGACGAGAAACAAAAACUUGUUUGUCGGGCUUCACUGGCUUUCUCGGCGGUGUUUCGAAGCUGCUGGCAGCGAACGGCGCACAGCAAGGCUGGGCGUGGGUGAGCGCAGGGUCUGUGUGAAGUCGUGGCAGGCUUCAUCUCAGCACUAUGGACAAUUUUUUUUGACGAGAUUUGGAAUAACUCGGGGUUCUCAAAGUCCAAGAAGUCGUCGUCAUCGUUCAAGUCUUGGACCAACAUUUCGGUUGAUUGACAGACGAUAGAGUUCAGAGCUAUGGUUUCAUGGGUCGGACAUUGCAAAGCUAGCGGAGGGGGAGAAUUCAGCGCCGACGAAGUGGACGUUGAUGAAAUAAGUGGCAUGUAAGUGCGGCUCGGGCUUCGGUAGGCUAAGGAGGACGGGCGGGCGGGUGAGAGGGAGUCUGUGAGAGGCAUAAAGGUAAGAAACUCAAUUGACUCGGAGAAGAGAGUCUGUGUUCUCGCUGCCGUCAACGACUGGUUCCCGCUCACUAUUUUCGACCGACGGGCGGAAGCCAGCGGUUAGAUGGUACUUUUAGUGCGGAUGGCCCUGAGUCAGUACACUCGCGCUUCGCUGUGCGACUCGACACAAAAGAAUUGGAUUGGCUCUGGAGACGACACCAAGAACGACAUAUCAAUUCUCGAAACAACCAUCGCUCUUUGACAGCAGAGAUGGCCAAUCUCAGAGCGCAAAAUGUCACUCCUAGCAUACAGUUGGAUCUCCCAGCAAUAUUUUAUGUCGAUCCUACAAUCCAGACUCGUGGGUCUGUUCAUGAUAUGGGCAAUACACGACCUCAACUGAAUCUCCAGUCCUUCACACCACAGAAACAUACGUUUCUAGUGCGCAGGAAAACCAACACCAUUUCUAGCUUCAAGAUCCGAGGACCCUGCAUGCAGGAAGGGAAGGAAACUUUCUCUUCCCCAAGUUCUGGACCCUUUAUUGCGCUGCUAUUCUUUACCAUGCAGUGGUGCCCGUCCACAAGUCUAAGAAUAUUCCGAUGCGUUGCCUCCCCGCCCUUGGAUAUUCUAGACAUGCAAGCACUUAAGCCAAUUGUGUAUGCAAUUAAGUGGCUGCUGUGGCAAGGGGGGCUUAAGUGCUUACAUGUCUAGACAAUCGAGAUCUGAUCUCAUUCGAGCUUGCGACGCUUGGAUCGUUGGAGUUCGCGACGGUUGAGAGAUGUUGGUCGCGGCUGUGGCAACUGGCUUAAGUGCUUGCAUGAUCAGACUCUUAAGAUCCAGGCUCGUUCGAGCUUGCGGCGCUUGGAUCAUUGGGAGUUCGCGACUGUUGAGAGACGUUGGUCGCGGGUGUGGCAACUGGCUUAAGUGCUUGCAUGACUAGACUGUGAGGAUGCGAACUCCUCCCUCCUUGCAGCGCUUGGAUCGUUGGGAAGUCGAUGAUUCCGAGAGACUUUGGUGUCAAUUGUGCGUGCGUCUUACCAUGUGGCCGCCUGGGCGCGUGGUUCGGGACGGGGGAGGUGAAAUGAUGGGGGAGAUGGAGAAGUGGAUGGCAUGAACUAUUGGUGCCAAAGAUGCAGACGCUCUGUAUAUACGGCGAGGGAGAUGGCGAGCGGGCCGCUCCUUAGUUCUCGUGAUGUAUUCGGACGGGGAGUGGUUGAGUAGUUCGAUUGGACUCGUCUUUUGAUGAUUGCACAACUUCAUUCCUGUCAGAGUCGCGACUCCUGGUAGGACGGACCAUGAAGACGAGGCUGUACUCUCAAAGUUGUGAAGUGCGGGUGUUUCGGUAUUGGGAGAUUGGUAGGCUUUCGCAACUUGGUAAUCUUCUCUCCGUGAUCUUCCAGUAAAGUUUCGCUUGCAGAUUUGUUGACUGUUUCUUUCGUCCUCGAUGGUUUUCAAGCUCUCAACAAGUCCAGCCUCGUUUUCGUUUUCCUAACCUUGUAUGAUGUCAAAAUCUCAGUUGUCAGAUUGCAAGAAACUUCUCAGUUCGAACACUGACCAUCAAAUAGUGAGCUUCGGCUCCCACCCACGAGUCAUUUACGGCUGCCUGUUAUGUUGUAUCGCAGGGUCCUUCACAAGGUCCUGCUAUGCAGUGAGGUAGCAUGCAGUGAGGUAGUAUUGACAGCAUUGAGGUCGCGUAGCUCGCGUGGCAUUUUGAUCUGAACUGGGUUUUUCUCCAAUGUUACCGCAGUGUCGGGUCCAAGAUCUUUCCGACAGGGGACAGCCGAUGCUAUCGCACUCUAUUCAACUAUCCGUAGAUGGAUCCUCUCCAGGACAUGGAUUCUUGACGAUCCAAGUAAUUCUCCUUUCCUGGCAGAAGGAGGAGCUCUCUGCAGAUUACGGAACAUAGGGAUUUAAUCGGUAAGAUCCGCCAAUAUUCCACUUCUUGGACCCGCCUUUAUCGUAGAAUUUGUAUAUUCCGCUCACGUUUUCACAGAGAACGAGGAGCGUUCGCUUCUACUUCUGGACUUCAACCCUCGUUAUUUUUAAUCCCUUCACAUUUGACAUUUCGCAUUCCAGUAUGUGCUUCGGAUUCGUUCAUCCUUGCGAGAAACAGUGCGAUGGUCCAGGAGCACUCUUGGAAAUGCCAAGUUCGUCCUGGAUCAAACAGACACACACCAUCUUGGCAAGUCCAGAGCCUUUCGGUCCAGAGCCUAUCAAAGCAAGACACAGAUCAGUACGGACGUAAACCUCACUGCUUCAACCAACGGCCCGUUCCCGAUGGGGGUCCCUACGAUGAUGGAGCACCGAUCGCUCGCAACUAAAAGCCUCGCAAUGAAGCCUUGCUUCGCAGCAGAUAUUGGCCGAUUUCUUCAUUCUAGGCAUUGCUAGGCCGACGGCGAGCGUCACUAAGCCGGCCGAGAUACCUUCAAGACACAAAAUGGGGUAAAUUCACCUCACUACUCUGCGAGUUUGCCAACGCCACAUUAUAAAAGGGGCUUAACCAUGAAUGUCUCAGAAGAAGGAUCCCUGAUCGCUCAGGCCUCCAAAGAAAGCUUUGCUUCCUAGCAAAUAUUCGUGGAUGCCCUCGUUAUAGACCGGGCAGCCUGGCUAUUCUAGGAAAAGCAAACGGAUCUCAGGGGCAGGACUACCUCGUGUCAAGGCUGUUCACCACAAACCAUAUGGCAUGGUCAUCUAUAUGAGGGUAUCUUCCGUGAUAUAAGUCCCAGUUCCUGGGGUGGCCGGUGCCGAUGCUACGCUACAUCCCAGAAUCCAAGGAUCCAAGAAAUAAGGCCUCAAUUGCAUUGCUGUCAAAGCCCGGGCCGUUCCGGGAUGGACCCUUGGCACUGUGGCAGCCACGAGGCCCGAACAGGGCAUCGAUCGCUAAGAGGUCGAUCCUCGCAACCCUCGCAACCAAAGCUUUCUUCGUAGUAAACAUUCGCAAUGAGGAUCAUAUCGCUCUCCACUUCCAUAAUAUUGGUACCGAAUCCGUCAACAUCGAUUUUGUGCAAAGGCCAAAAUGGACAGGCCAUUUCUUAGAAAAUGGCCGUUUUUCAGCUUGCAAAGUGUGCAGAAGUCUCAGAAAACCCCUCGUUCCAGUCCCUCGGGACCAAUCACGCCUGGGCGCUCUUGUACAUUUCUCACGGGUAAGGCGUUCUUGUACAACGUUUGGCCUUAGGGGUCCUGCCCAGGGUGAGCCAGGGGCCCUGAUCGUUGCCGAUACUAUGGAACCAGGACUGCCGCGCUACGCUAUUCGCUAGGUCGAUACGAUGCUUCAACGUGAAUAGCUGUCAUAAUUUACCUCGCUCCUUUUCGUCUGUAUGUGUUUCUUGCCUUCUUACUGGCUUCUGCAACGCGGGCAGUUCAAUAUUGUGAUAUUGAAUCUUCUGCAUUGCAGGGAACUUUAUCCAAUUUAUGUCAUUCGUGUCUGCACAUGUCGACUUCUACUAUUUUUCACAAAGGCGUUUCUAGAAGCCUCAUAAAAUCGUCAGUCGUAUAUCAACCAUUCACAACCCACAUUUUCCACCAGAUGGCGAUCCUAUUCGCUCCAACGUUCACAUCCCAAGCCCUACAACCCCAGAAAUGCACUAUCGAUCCUCAUCCGAGCCGCCUUCACUUGAAAGGUAAUGUCACUGCGCAUCUAAACUAUGACAGACCCACAUAUUACAAUGCUAUGUCGCCUACGCACUAUCCCUCACAUUCCAGCCCAAGCACCUCUUCUACUAUGUCAUUGAAAGAUGCUACCUUCCUAACUUGUUGCUGAUAGGCGAACAGGAGUCCAUUCCAUUGCGGGUCGUCGCCUUCACCGAAAAGCAAGACAACAAAAGUGUAUCUUGCAUCGAGUUCGUUUUCGUGAACUACUGCUUUGUCAAUGUAAUGUGGGAGGCGGCUAGAUGGUCCCUGAUCAAUCAAGCCAUCCGACAGGAGGAAGUAAGACAAUACCAAAUGGGAUCUCUACGAGUAUUUGACGGCUGCAUUGUUGAUGUUCGCCCCAUUGCCUGGGACGUAUAUGUACAGGGUCAUCUCCUCCUCCGAGCCGACUUUAUUUUCCGCAAAGCACCUCAUCUAUUUCGCAGUGCAGUAUCCCUACCAGACCCUCAAAUAGCGGGCCGGUGCGGACGAUCAUAUCUGCUUGAUAUAGAUUCCACGUGGUUUCAAGGAUAGAUAUACUGUGCUUCCUCUUUGCAUUGCAUUCAGGACCACUCAUACCCUUCGGGCAUCUAAUCCGAAACGACAAUGUCUGCAAUGGCACCCACACUGCCACGCGCUCAGCAGCUCAUGUCACCAUGUGCAUCGCCAUCACUUUCAGACUCGUUCAAAGCAGCACCAAAAGCUCCAACAGUGUCUCCAGACUUCUACCUUUUCUCCAAACUCCCGCUUGAGAUCCGAUUGAAGAUAUACACGCUCUCGCUUCCGGAUCCACGGUUAAUCCCGCUUGUUUACAUUCCACCGAGUAUAGCAUACGAGCAGGAACCUCAACAGUACCAGUACUAUCACCAGUACCAACAUCAAUACCAACACCCCAAUUCAAAUCAACAACAAAACGAUCUUCAAACCCUCCCACGAGCCACAUAUUCCCCUUCACCCUCCCCAGAACUCCUUCCACGCCUCACACACAGCCAAAUCCUCACUCCUACGACUCCUCUCAUCACGCCGCCAACCCUCCUACACACAAACCAGGAAUCUCGCACACUGGUCCGAAAACUUUACACGCCAUGUCUGCCCCUCCGCGGCCUUGCAUGUUCCGCAAAACAGACACUCUAUCGUCCUUCACACGACAUCCUGUACUUCCCCUCCUUACCGCAAUCCCCUCCAUCACCACACUCAGCUUCAACCUCAACUUCAACCUCAACCUCAGCCUCGACCUCGACCUCAGUCUCAGGUUUACCUUCACCCACAACACCAACUUCAUUCUCACCAUCACUAAACAGCUUUAAUCUUAAUCUCAAUCCCAACACCACACCAAAAACCAAUUCCAACCCAUACCUAACCCCCAACCCCCUCAGCCCCACCACCAGCCUCUACACACUCAACCCCAACCUCCACGCCUCAUUCACCAACUUCACCACCAUCCACAGCCUCGCCACCCCCAUGUCACUCAUGUUCAUCCGGCGGCUCGCCGUGAGCGAAGAUGUCUUCCUGGAAGUCGAGAAGGCGAGGUGGAUGAGAGAGAGGCAGUUACAGCUUCAGGGCUGUGCUGCUCCAUCGUUUCGCCACACCAUUACCACUACCUCCACCAAUGAUUCGCCGGCUUCCAAUGCCAGCUCGAAGAUACAGACUCGCAGUGGUGGUGCGAAACGCGGGAGCGAGACUGCGGGUUUGGUAGACGCAUGCACGAGACGGAAGAUCGCAAAAGUCACUGGAGCUAGGAAAGAAACGAGCCAACCAAACACAAAACCAACCGCAGAGCCGAAACCAAAACCAAAAACAGGCGUCGAUGCCAUCACGCUCGAUAAUCUCUCUGAGUUCUGGGAUGCAGUGAGGCGGAAAUUCUGGGGUGUGGAGGAGGUGUGGAUUCUGGGCGAGGGGAUGGAGAGUAGAGUUUUGGAAGUGGAGAUUGAUGGGUGUGAUCAAAAGAGAAGGAGAUUUUCACAAAGGGAUGGUUAUGGAGGCGGUAAUGGUACGGGUAAUGGUGGUUUUAAUGUUAAUAGGGAGAUCAUGACGCGGGAGAGGAGGAUGAGUUUUAGAGGGAAGAUUGGGAGGACUGUGAGUAGAUUGGAGGAGGAGACUGGGUGGGUGGCACCAACGUGGAGGUACCUGGGCUCAGAAGAGGAUGAAGACGAAGAGGAAGAAGACUUCUCGAGUCCGAGGGUUGAGGUCGUCCAGGAAAAGGAUGGUCUUGAUUGCCAACAAUUUGUGCGUACAUCGCAGCAGGUCUCAGGGGGCAACGACAAAGUCGUACAGAAACAUGAUUGCUGGGCUUGGCUAGAAGCGAGGAGGAAAGUCUGUUAA